AUGAGUUCACGCAUUUUGGACACCAUCAAAGGAGACCACCAGGAGAUCGAAUCGGUCUACGGCAGACUCAAGCAAGCCAACGAUCCCGAAGAACUCACGGCUUAUCAGAACAAACUCACCUGGGAAAUCGCCCGUCAUGCGGUUGGGGAGGAGCUGGUGGUGAUUCCGGCAAUCGAGAAGUACGUCCGGGUUGGGAGGGACGUGGCUGACAGGGAGCUCCAUGAACAUCGAGUGAUCAAAGAACAAUUGAAAAAGUUUCAGAACAUGUCCAGUAGUGACUCCGAGUUCCUCCCCACCGCCCAAACUCUCAUGUCCCAGGUUCUGGAAAACCACAUGGGAGAAACGACAAACGACCUAGUCAAGUUAGAGGGUGCUAUCACUCGCGACGAAAGCAACCGUCUUUCCAGAUCGUUUAAUCGGACCAAGAUGUUUGUUCCUACCAGAGCGCAUCCUAGCAUCCCAGAUCGGCCUCCGUUUGAAACAGCCUUGGGGUUGAUGACGGCGCCUGUGGACCAGCUGGUGGAUGUAUUCCGCACGUGGCCUGAGGACGAUGUCGAUCAAAUCGAGUAGGCUUCCCGGUGCUC